ACAAAACUUCACACGCACAGGAAGGACUUAGGUGUCCACCGAGGGCAUCGACUCCGUUUUUUUGACUGACGGAGGAAGUCACAACAGAACUGAGCACAGUAGUACUGCGCAUGUAAUCGCGCUUCACACACAAGCUUCGCGAUCGAGUCGCUGGUUUAGCUGGUGGAGCAGAAUGGAAGGCGUCAUCUCUUCAAUGCAAGGCGCUGGAGAUGCCUUUGUCUCCUUGCCAAUGUUCCCGAUUUUCGAAAUCAUCCAUUAUUUCAAAUCAGCCAUGACCACACGUCAGGAGCCUGGUGCACGCGAAUUUGCCAUCAAGCACCCAUUAUCAUCCUGUGUCAGUACGCUAAUGCUUGUCAAUGGCGGAACCAUAGUGUGCAAUCUUUUGCUUGGCCUUCCGCUGGGUGAACCACUGCUAAAUCCAAUCCGUAUAGCAAUCGAGACUAUGAUAUGGUUUGUGGUGUUCUUUUGUCCUGGUGACUUUGUAUUCAGAUUCUUGUCGACACUACUUCCUAAGGCAGUUAUUGUAGUCUUCAAGGAUCUCCGCCGACUACAUCAGGUUGCAACUGGAAUUCGUGUGGCGACGAAACUGCACCCGAAUGCCUGGGCACUCGCAAUCCUAGCAGGAACAGCCAGGUCUAGUGGAGGUUCGCUAAUGGUGACUAAUGAUAGACUGAUGCGAGGAGCCAAGACAGCCAACCAACAUGAAUUUCUGAAGCCAUCAUACCACACCAAGUGCUCAUUCUUUGCAUCAUGUGCACUGGUCGCUCUCGAUCAAGGUCUUUUUGCCGAUAGGCUUGUCAUCCCGCGGAGUGUGCUGAUGCUCAUCCUGGCUCUGGCUAUGAUCACUGGGAGUCUGUCGAUUGUUUUGCUGGGCUACAGAGACCCGUUCUGUGCCGUAUCUGCAGUAAUACUCCCUGGCGCUACUGAAGAUGCUGCUGACCCACCAGCUAAGGAACCAGCAGCCAAGGAUGCGCAGGCGAAGAAAGAUGACUAGACCAAAUACAGUGCUCCACAAUACUGCUUUGUGUGUGUUCUCAGAAUCGGUACAUGAUAGUCCGUACAGUGGAUUUAGCACUACUCCUCGCGACUCACUGGAACUGACGAGUCAUAUUGCACGUUAGGUGAGUGGCAUCUGCCGCCACCCACGGCUGGUUCUCAGUUGCACGUACACAGUGCGUAGAUCACGGCCCAUGCUACCACAUCAACCAGACAGCAGUCAACACUGCUUGUCUUGUAGUGCUGGUUGAUUACUGGACGCUCACUAGCUGAUGCUGUGGGCCCAAAUGGCAACAUCACCUCUACACAGGACUCUAUUCAACAGGUCAUACCCUGACAUGUAUGCCACUAAACAUAGUCCAACUGAUCAUGUAAUGGAUCCAUCCUGAGCGGUAUGUAGCGUAGUACGUAGUACAUAGUAGUAGUAGCGAUACGUAGCCGUUGGCGGGUUUCUAGGAAUUUGCCUGCACCUGCAAAUCAUUUCACCAAUUGUAGAGAAGUCUGAACUGAAAUUUAUAAUGGGCCCAUUCUAAUCUGCUCUAACCGGUAGUGUCACUAUUUUCACCAUUGUUUUUUCUUUAUUAGUAGCAUGAUGAUACCUGGUUGUUUUUGCCACUCAUGAAACAUAGCAAGCGUUUAUAUUUCUUUCUUUUCGGUGCAGCACACACCGAAAGCAAUGAAGCCAUUUCCCACCACCGCAAUUGUGUAUCUGAAUUUGUCAUCUCG